UUCAGAAAUUGUCUUCUUCUUUGGGCUUCUCUCAGCCACAUUUCCCUCUCCUUCAUUUUGUGAAGCCCAUAUUCACUCCCAUAAAUCUGGGUUUUCUGCCUUUCUCACCCAUCUUUCUGUUUGUGGCUCCAAUUUUUAACUUCGUUCAUAUCUCUUCUUUACUUGCACAAUCUUCCUCGCCAUCCAAAACCCAUCACUAAUCGCCCUCUAGCUUUUAGCAUUCUCAUAUUCAUCAUUUCGAAAGACUCAGAAAGACUCCAUUGUUUUCUUUAAGCUGACUGGUGUCGUUAGAUACGUUUAUUCUCCCAACAUUUCGCCCCCUUUUUAUAUUGAAUCCAAAGAUGGGAGAUGUGGCCAAGGACCUCACCGCUGGGACUGUCGGAGGGGCAGCACAGUUGAUAUGUGGGCACCCGUUUGAUACCAUAAAGGUCAAGCUGCAAAGCCAGCCUGCUCCACUUCCUGGCCAACCUCCCAAGUUUUCUGGUGCCAUGGAUGCUGUCAAGCAAACUAUAGCAGCCGAAGGCCCUCGAGGGUUGUACAAGGGUAUGGGAGCUCCGCUCGCAACUGUGGCAGCCUUCAAUGCCGUUCUCUUUUCAGUAAGAGGCCAAAUGGAAGCACUGUUGAGAUCUGAACCUGGUGUACCCCUAACUGUCAAUCAGCAGGUAGUAUGUGGAGCUGGGGCUGGAGUUGCUGUGUCUUUUCUCGCUUGCCCCACCGAAUUAAUCAAGUGCAGAUUGCAAGCCCAAAGUGCAUUGGCACAAUCCAGUUCAGCUAGCCUCACGGUGAAGUAUGGAGGGCCAAUGGAUGUUGCCCGGCACGUCCUGAAGUCGGAAGGCGGUGUAAGGGGACUCUUCAAGGGAUUGGUUCCAACCAUGGCCCGAGAAAUACCCGGAAAUGCGGCCAUGUUUGGGGUGUAUGAGUUGCUGAAGCAGCGCUUUGCAGGAGGCCCAGACACUUCAAAACUCGGAAGAGGCUCCCUGAUUGUGGCUGGAGGACUAGCUGGAGCUACGUUCUGGGGCUCCGUCUACCCAACCGAUGUCGUCAAAAGUGUAAUUCAAGUAGACGAUUACAAAAACCCGAAGUACUCGGGUUCAGUUGAUGCAAUUAGAAAGAUCUUGGCCUCAGAAGGAGUUAAAGGACUGUACAAAGGUUUCGGUCCUGCCAUGGCCAGGAGUGUACCUGCAAAUGCUGCUUGUUUUCUGGCUUAUGAGAUCACCAGAUCUAGCUUGGGAUGACUAUGAAUCCCUCUGAGUCAUAUUUGCUUUUCAUUUGAUUGAACAAAUUAACAUUCUUCUUCAUUUCCUUCCUCUAAGAAAACAAAAAAAGGGGGAAGAAAUCCAUUCUCAAUUUAUAAAAGCUAUUAAACUACGAAACCUGAUUCUUUUUC